GCUUAUAAUCUCUAACCUAGUAAUAAUGAGUACUGACGAUAUUGACGCCAUCUCUGCCGAGGCAAUUCGCUUCGCAAGAGCGCGUAAUCGUGUAUCUAUCUCUGCAGAAGUGUUUGGUGCGUAUAAUAAUCCUGAUCUUUUCGUAGCGCCAGUCCAUGAGAAGACGCCAGAACAAGCCACACGCAUCAAGGAAACUGUGCUAAAAUGCUUCCUGUUUUCUUCUGUUGACGCCAAGGAUAUUGAUACCCUUGUGAAGGCGUUUGAAUCAAGUGACGUUAGUGCGGGGACCAAGGUUAUCCAGCAAGGAGAUCCCGGUGACAAGCUUUAUUUGAUUGAAUCAGGUACUGCACGCUUUACUAAGACAUCGGCCGCAACAGAGCAAGUUCACGACCUAGGUACGGCCGGUGAGGGUGGAUGCUUCGGAGAGCUGGCAUUAAUGUACAAUGCUCCAAGAGCUUGUUCCGUGGUUGCUGAAACCGACAUGAAACUAUGGAGUCUUGAUCGCUCUACCUUCAAUCACAUUGUGAGGAAUGCCGUAAUCAAGAAGCGUGAGAAAUACGAUAGCUUGUUGCAAAGUGUAGCUUUAUUGAGCAAUUUGGAUCCUUAUGAUCGCUGUCGUUUGGCCGAUGCACUUACUGAGAAAACGUUUGUUGAUGAGGAUAUCAUCGUAGAAGGAGACAAAGGAACAAGCGUGUUCAUGAUACUCGAAGGAAAUGCUGAAGCUUAUUGCCAAGGCAAAUUGGUUAAAUCAUACUCAGAAGGUGGCUACUUCGGGGAAAUUGCCCUGAUUGCACAGACUCCAAGGGCAAGCACAGUCAAGGCUAAGGGCAAGUGUGUAGUAGCAGAGUUGGAACGUGAGAGCUGUGUUACUUUGCUGGGACCAAUGGAGGAAUGCUUCCGUGACAAUCUCAAGGAGUACCAAAAGGUAUUGGCAGAGCUCAACAUUGAAAACAAGAACCUAGAGUCAGUCAAAAUCUAAACUUAUUAAACUAAUGACAUAUGUAUACUACAUUG